UCUUUUCAAGUCUUUACCAUCACCUAUAUCAAAUGUCUGGCCGUGGCAAGGGUGGCAAGGGUCUGGGAAAGGGCGGUGCCAAGCGUCACCGCAAGGUGCUUCGCGACAACAUCCAGGGCAUUACCAAGCCGGCUAUUCGCCGUCUGGCUCGCCGUGGUGGCGUUAAGCGUAUCAGCGGCCUCAUCUACGAAGAGACCCGCACCGUGCUUAAGACCUUCCUGGAGAACGUCAUCAGGGAUUCGGUGACCUACACCGAGCACGCUCGUCGCAAGACGGUGACUGCUAUGGAUGUGGUCUAUGCCCUGAAGCGCCAGGGGCGCACCCUCUACGGCUUCGGUGGUUAAGCGGAUGGUUGCGUUGACUCGUGGGCAAUGCUACCAGCUUCGUCAACCAGUCCGGUCCAAGCUCUACACAAUUCGGUGUUUUUCAACACCACCUGUAACAAUUUAGGACCUUA